AUGGAAAAGGAUAGGCUCGUUCUUAAGACUGUCCUGCCCAUUAGAACGGAGGUCGAGAUCUCUUGGAAAUCGCCGCCUCCCGAGUGGGUCACCCUCAACUCAGACGGUUCCGUUCUCCCCGACACAGGUCAGGCUGCAGCUGGUGGCCUGAUACGAGAUCACACAGGACGUUGCAUUGCAGCGUACGCUCGUAACUUGGGUUUUUGUUCCAUAACCCAGGCAGAGUUGUGA